ACUUGUGGUAUUUGGGCUCUGUUCCUUCUUCUACCUCCUUGGUGUAUGGCAAAGAAGUGGCUUUGGGAGAGGGGACAGCAUAGCGGCUGUGGUGAAUGAGCAGACCAAAUGUCUGAAACUGCCAAAUCUGAAUUUCGAGACCCACCAUAGUGCAUCGGAUCUUCUGAACGACACUUUCAAUUCUCAAGUCAAAACUUUUGAGCCAUGUGAUGCAGAGUACACCGAUUACACUCCUUGCGAGGAGCAAAAGCGUGCAAUGACCUUCCCUAGGGAUCACAUGAUAUAUCGGGAGAGGCAUUGCCCACCUGAAAACGAGAAGCUGUACUGUCUGAUUCCAGCACCAAAGGGUUAUGUUGCUCCUUUUCCGUGGCCAAAGAGCCGCGAUUAUGUUUCUUAUGCCAAUGUGCCACACAAGAGUCUUACGGUUGAAAAGGCCAUCCAAAACUGGGUGCACUACGAGGGCAACGUUUUCAGGUUUCCUGGUGGUGGAACGCAGUUUCCUCAGGGUGCAGACAAGUAUAUAGAACAGCUUGCUUCUGUUAUCCCAAUUACCAAGGGGAAAGUGAGAACUGCACUCGACACUGGUUGUGGGGUUGCCAGUUUAGGUGCUUACCUGUUGAAGAAAAAUGUUUUGACUAUGUCAUUCGCUCCAAAAGAUAAUCAUGAGGCACAAGUACAGUUUGCACUGGAGAGAGGCGUACCUGCAUAUAUCGGUGUCCUUGGAUCAAUGAAGCUCUCAUUUCCAUCCCGAGUCUUUGACAUGGCACAUUGCUCGAGAUGUUUAAUUCCAUGGAGCGGAAGUAACGGUAUGUACAUGAUGGAAGUUGAUAGGGUACUUAGGCCGGGUGGGUAUUGGGUACUAUCAGGCCCACCCAUUGGUUGGAAGAUUCACUACAAGGGAUGGCAACGGACCAAAGACGAUCUCCAGAGUGAGCAGAGAAAAAUAGAACAAUUCGCAGAACUUCUUUGCUGGAAGAAGAUAUCUGAGAAGGAUGGUAUUGCUAUAUGGAGAAAGACAUUAAAUGGCAAAUCUUGCCCGAGGAAACAAGAUAAUUCAAAAGUUGCCAAGUGUGAGUUGACAAGCGAAAGUGAUGUAUGGUAUAAGAAAAUGGAAGCCUGUAUAACUCCGCUUCCUGAGGUUAAAAGCGUGUCAGAGGUUGCUGGUGGUGAACUAGAGCCAUUUCCCCAGAGGCUCAAUGCAGUACCACCUCGGAUAGCCCGUGGUUUUGUACCUGGGUUCUCAGUUCAAACAUAUCAGGAGGACAAUAAACUCUGGCAGAAACAUGUUAAUGCUUACAAGAAAACCAAUGACUUGCUUGAUACUGGAAGAUACUUCUACUUUAGGUGUAAUCUAUGAGCGAGGGUUAAUAGGAAUGUAUCACGACUGGUAUGUAAAC